AUGGCAGAUAUUCCUUCCUUGAAACUUAACACUGGCGCUUCUAUCCCCCAGGUUGCUCUGGGCACCUGGGAAUCUGCUCCUGACGAUGUCUACGAUGCUGUCAAGAUCGCCCUCGACGCCGGCUACCGUCACAUCGAUACGGCCAUGAUUUACGGGAACGAAGAGGCUGUUGGCCGUGCCCUCCAGGACUCCAAGGUGCCCCGCCAGGAGAUUUUCCUCACCACCAAACUGUGGUGCAAGGAUUUCCGCAACCCCGAAGCUGCACUUGAUGCCUCUCUUAAGCGUCUGCGCACCGACUACGUCGAUCUUUACUUGAUGCACUGGCCUUUCGCCACCAAGGAGGAGAACGGCAAGGAUGUCAUCGACAAGGAUGUUGACUACGUCGAGGUUUACAAGGCUCUUGCCCAGCUGCCUACCUCUAAGGCCAAGGCGGUUGGUAUCUCCAACUUUACCAUUGAGCGUGUCCAGCGCGUCCUUGACUCCAAGCCCGCCAAGGUCCCUGCCGCUCUCCAAGUUGAGCUCCACGUUAACCUGCCUCAGCAGAAGCUUGUUGACUUCUGCCACUCUCACGGCAUUGUCGUCGAGGCUUACAGUCCGUUAGCUCGUGGUAAUCUCGACAACGAGGUCGUCAAGAAGAUUGCUAAAAAACACAAUGUCGAGCCCGCUAAUGUCGUGCUUUCUUGGGGUAUUGCCCGCAACACUGUCGUUCUUCCCAAGUCCGUUACUCCCGCUCGCAUUCAAAGCAAUCUUAAGGUUAUCAAGCUCGAUCGCGAGGAGGUCGAAGAACUCAACAAAAUUGCUAAGGAAGACGGUCUCAAACGCCACUGCAACUACGGCAAUUCGUUCGACUUCGACACCUUCGACGGUGACAAGGACAGCAAAUAG